AUGUCAUCUAAUACAUUUAUGUUUGCAAUACUGCUGGCAAACCUUGUUAUUUUAAAAACGGAUGGUAACUCUGUAAGCGAGGAAAAGACGACGCAAUCGUCUUUAUUAGAUUCCGUUUUUGCCUUGCAAAUCCGACAAAUCCAGACGACAUCGGAAGAGACGCCUGCGGACUCUGCCGGAAACAAUCUGAAUACCUUCGACGGCACCGUCUUAACUCACUUCCUUAAUGUACCGCAAGAAAAUUUCCAGUCAAGCUUGUCAAAUAACCCUAUUAGAGAAACGACUACCGCAGAAAAUGAUGAUAAAAAUCAAGAAAAUAAAGAGACUGAGGUGCACUUCGCAAAAUAUAAUACUUCAAGCAGUGUAAUUGGUAGCAAUAACAUACAAGCCAAAAAAGCAUUAAAUCUUAUUUGGGAUAAUUGCUAUGAAACUGUAUUUAGAGAUGAUUCAAAAACCAAAUCCACAAGGUUUAGUGAUGAAAGCAAAAGGAUUGGCUUGGAAACUGAAAACAUGAAAACAGCUGGAAAUAUCUUAAGUAAAAGGAACUCUUUGAAAGAAAAUAAUACAUCCACAUUAAAAUCGUGGUUAGAAAACUAUAAUGUCUAUAAAACUGCAACUAAUGAAGACCUAGUACUUUCAAGUAGUACCGAACUAAUUACAUCUACAAGUAAAACUAGUGAAGUGCCUAUUAUACCAAUAACGAAAAAUAUAAAAAUAAAUCAAUACACCGUCUCGUAUGACAAUGAUAUCAGUUCGGGAGUUGUGACAGAAAGUAUAUUCCAGUCGAGUUUCACAGAUGAUUGGUACAACCCCAAAGAAAGCGACAGUAAAAUUAAGUUUAGCAGUCUCCCACAAAUGCAGACAUAUUUAAUACCAAAAUUUAAGUUGGAUGAAGGAUUUUAUCCGUUCCAUUUUAUGUCGAAAGUUUUUUCAGUUAUUUAUUUGUUUGAAUAUCCAGUGGUAAUAAACUCCAUAUAUAUAAAUGAUUUUAUCUUUAUUUUCCAGGCAAUAAAAGUGGAGUCCACAUUUUUAAUAAUCGUUAUAGUCUUCGGAUGCUUAGCUUUGGUAAUACCAUUGUAUCUUUUUAUACUUAGUCUAAUAUCCCUCUUCUCAAAAUCUAAAUGCACGGAUGAAAUUGAAUCCGGAACCUUAUUUCUUGAACAAGAAAGACCAGAUUGCCACGACAGAAUACUUGUGACUUUCACAUUCCUGUUUCUUCUAAUAUGUUGCGGUUUAAUAUCGGGAAUGGUGUUAAGUAAUGAGCAGUCUCGCAUAGCCAUAUCAGAAAGUCGCAACGUAUUUAGCUGUGCCUGCGCUGAUGUAGCUGCUUGGCUGUCUUCAGCGGCUCAAGAAUUACAUCACAGCCUCGUACCACCGGUGGAUAUGGUUUAUUAUGCUUACAAUGAAGAUUUGAGGGAUGUAGAAAGACUUCUUGGUGAACCAAUACAACAAGCAAUUGCUUCUGAGAGCGGUAUUGAUCUAGUUCUAGAUUCCUUAGCAGAUAUAAUUACAGAAAGUGAAGAUUUAUCAACCAAAGUGUCAGCACUUCGAGACAUUUGCGUUAAAGCUGGUCUUCUUGCAAAUUCAGCAUCAGAGAGGAUAAUGGAUUUAAUACAACAGUUGGAUAAUCUUAAGAAACAUUGUAUUGAAAAAGACGCUCCCCUCUGUGACACUUUAAAUACAAAUUCUUUACAUAUAACCAUGAAGUUGGAUUCUAUCGUGCAAGAACAACAACUUCUGGAACUAAAAAGUUUAGGAGUUAUAAAUUUAACUCAAGCUAUAUCGGUAGCGAGAAAAGAUUUUCGUACACUACCUUCGGCUAUUUCCACUCAAACGGAGCGUGUAAGAGCAGAUAUUCUACGAGACAUCGAAAAUCGUAGACAGAUAGUACAUAAUUCUGCUAGAAUUCUUAACGACAUCGUUCGCUACCUGACAUCGGGACUUCAUAGUCUUGCAAGACAAUUGGAUAUAGGACUGGACAGAGUUAACAAAUAUGAAUUAUGGAGAUGGGUUAUAAUGCUUACUUGCAAUAUUGCAUUCGGUUUUGUGAUGUUACUCAUUCUACUGGCAAUAUUUUGUGGAUGCGGAAAUGCAAAAAUCCACGCAAAAAGAACAUUACAAGUGUCUUCCUUUUGCAUUUGCUUUGUUUCCAUCAUCCUGUGGAGUAUGGUUUCAGCUGUAUUCCUGAUUUCAGGACAUGCUGAGGUGUUUGCCUGUCAAAUUCUCUGGGAUUCUCCACAAUACAAUACGCUGUCAUCAUUACUAAAUAGGCCAUCGCCUCUUCUAACCGACAAUAAGGGUAUCUUUGAUGCUUUGUUUCAAGAUCUUGACAAUGUUACAAUAGAAGUGUCAGUCAAAGACGUUCUGAGAGAAUGUGAAAAAAACGAACCCGCUUACAUUGUGUUCCAGUUAGAAAAAAUACUAGACGUGAACAAGGAGACGUCUUAUUUUGAGUGGGACGAACUACAAGAUGACUUGAAAAGAUUAUCCGCUUCUAUUGAUGUUGGUUUCUUGAAGACGAUAUCAGAUAACUUCAAUAAGUUACUCAAUAGGAUUCUUGUUAUAUCAGACGUCAAUUUAACGAAAUAUAGAAUGGAAUAUAACGGACCCGUCGUAGGAAAGGAUUUACCUUCCUUUGUAGAUCAACUGGAAAACGUUGCGAUUCAAGUAACAGAUUUAAAUACAGCUGGAAGAUUAGAGACUCUAGCGACGCGGACUCAAAGACUUCAUUUAUCGAACAUAAAGCCACUAGAACAUCUACGAACAGAACUAGUGUUCAAACUGACCGAACUUGAAUUGCAAAUGAUGCCUUUUAGGCGGAAAUUAAACAUCUCAUUAAGUCAUAUCCACACAGCGCAGUUUUAUAUUGAUAAUCAAGGAGAGGUCAUUGCCCAAAAGAAACUGUCAACGUUCAUUACCCGUCUUUUAUCACACACGGCCGGUUGGCGAACGCACGUGUUAGACGCAGCGGGACAACACGCCGGCCGCUGUCGACCGCUCUAUGAUGUGUUCGCGGCAAUCAGAUCGCUCGUGUGCACCAGAUAUGUGUCUUCAUUGCAUGGCUGGUGGUUCUGUGGCUUUUUGUUGGGAUGUAUCUGGUGUGCAGUGUUCACUCCGCUUUGCGUUAAACUUUGGAGAACAUACAGUAAAAAAUUAAGAGCUCUGGAUACAUUAACUUUAACACAUUUAGGACAGGAACCUGGUACACCAGCGACAGCCCCCUGUGACGACAGUGGCUGGAACACUCCCGGUAAACCCUCUACUUCGUAG